AUGGCCUCUGUUCACAGCCACCCCCACCACGCAACACCGCCGCGCAACCACCCCCAAAAUUUUGAACAGGAAGAACAUGAUCUCCACACCGACACCGUCCUCAGUGGCCCUCUUGAUUUCAAAAUCACUGCCGGCGGCACUUCUUCUUGUACAGAAGAAACAGAUCCAUCGCCACCGCGUUCGCCGCCUCAGCCUUCUGACAUCAUGCCCUUGUUGAAGCAAGAACACGUAGGGAAUGAUAUGGAUGGGUCCACCCCAUUUGGUGCUGCGGCUCCUUCUCCGUUACAGUCGGUUGCUGUUUUAGCGGAGUCGUCGAAGAGGUCCUCCAAGGAUCGUCACACAAAGGUGGAGGGACGCGGUCGGAGAAUUCGCAUACCGGCGGCUUGUGCGGCCCGAGUCUUCCAAUUGACAAGGGAGCUCGGCCAUAAGUCCGACGGGGAGACCAUUAGCUGGCUCCUCGAGCGGGCGGAGCCUGCCAUAAUCGAAGCCACUGGCACUGGGACCGUACCCUCCAUCGCCGUCUCUGUAAACGGUGCUUUGAAAAUCCCGACCACCACGUCCUCCGAUGAAGAACCCGACGCAGAUAGCACAAAAAAACGAAGAAAAAGGUCCGCUAACAGUGAAUCAUAUACCGCUAAGGAUUCUUCAGUAAUUGCCCCUCUGGCACCCAUUGCACCCAGAGGCCUUGUCCCAGUUUUUCCGGGGACAGUCUUUAUGAUCCCAUCUACAGGUGGCGCCGCCACAAUUACCACCGCUGUGACGUCUAACCACCCACAUUUUUUUACCAUACCCGUCACAACCGCCGCACCUGUUUACAGUGUAUCAGGUGGGCUCAUGUCAAAUUUCUUUUCUACUAUGCAACCAGCAAUGAACGUGAGCUUUGGUACUACUACUAGUUGCGCCACCACCAGCGGGGGAAUGUCUGCGGAGAAGAUGGCGACAAGUACAACUUCAAUAGCGAACGGUGCGACAAGUACAACAAGUGCUACGCAGUUGCUUCAGUUUAUGGUUGGUUCAGGGACAGGAAAUCGUGACAAAACACCAUGUUAG